CGAUUCAAACACACAUUUACAGUACACACACGUUUACAAGCACACAGCACGCCCUCCACGACUGGCAGUGUCACGUGUGUGGGUCCAGGAGGUUUUUAUUGCAAUAGGGAGAACAAUGGUUGCAGGUCUCCAGGAUAUAGGCUUCCAUGGACCAAGCGUAAACAGUGACAGGAGCCUGGCUACCACCCACUCUGGCUGCACUCCUUCACCCGCUCACUGGGAUGGAGAGACGCACGAGGAGGGCGGCCAGGCAGCCGGAGAGAAACUGUUUGCAAAAUGUAGAGAAGGAGAAACAGGAGCCGGAGGAGGAGGUGCAGGGGACUAGUUUGUUUCACCAGUGUAUGACUCUCAGGAGGCUGACCCAUUCAGAAGAAGAUAUGAAGUUCCUGUUACACCGGCUGAUCGUCAUCGCCGCCCUCCCGCAGAGCCUCGCUGACAGGCAGAAGCUGGGAGCCCACUACGAGGAGCUGAACCUGCGACUGCAGAGGCAGUACCAUGUGGAAGGCAUCAGCGGCCUUCUGUUGAUGUAUCCCUCUUGCCUGCUCCACGUCAUCGAGUCUUCCUCUGAGGUGUUGGUGUCUCUCUUGCAGAACCUUAAGGACCUACAAGAAGAGGGCCGUCAGGUGGAAACUGCAAAGGUAGUUCUCAUGUCACAUGACCUGCCGAAUAGACUCUUCCAUCAGUGGAGCUACAAGGUGCUGACGAUGCAGACCCGGACCCUGGGAGAGGAGGCUGAAGGAGAGAGCACAGACGCCCUGGUUGACACAGUCCGCUCCAUGAUUCUGAAGCUAGGCACCCACCUCGAAAUAGCCAGCGAGGCUCUCCCGGGCUCGGUCCUGGAGGAGGCUCCAGAGCUGGUGGUCCCUCAGGAGGUCUUGAUCCGCCUGCUGGCCUCUCCAGAGCUGCUGAGCCCCCAGCAGUACCUGCAGACCUACCACUCUCCUCUCAACAUCUGCAUGGACUCUGGUCACGUUUUUGGAAGCAGCUGUGCAACCACCGUGUAACAUGUUUGGUCUUUAAAGGUAUGAAUCCUCAUGCAUGUUACUUGUACCUCCUAAAACAAAUCAGAUGUUAUCUCGCAGACGUAACAUCAUUUUCUCCUCUGUGUCGUUAUUGAAUUUGUUAUUUACGAUCAAUCCAGGGUGACACUGAGACAAAUGUGGGUUGUGUACUUUCUACAGAUGUAUUAUUGGGCCUGAAGAGUUGCACCUGGUAUGCAAUGUGAGUUUGCUGUGGUAGUACCAAUAGAGGGCGAUAGCUUCUAGGUGGCCUUUUAUACUGUCUGUUCCAAAGUGGAUUUGCUGUUAUCUUGUCAGUGUUUAUAUUUUAGUAUAUAGUAGUACACUUGUGAUUUACGAGACGCUUUUACCCAAACUGACUAACAGUGAAUAUAUAGGUACGUUUUAUUUCAUGCAGUCACUCAGUGUGAUAUGCUCUGCCGCCUUGUUUAAAUGUCGUCCCUCACGCCCAAUGAAUGCGUCUACAAGCAACUCAGACCAAACCACAGACGAUGUAUAUAGAAAAAACAUUUUAAUAGGUUGAACAUUCUAAUGAGGCUUCUUUUUUUGAUCGUACAGUACACUGUGUUCCACGUAUAAUUUGUCAUAUUCAAGCAAACCAUCUCUACUCGUCAAAACGAGUCCAGAGUUUGACACAAAGGGCUAAAAUGUUCCUUCAAUCCGUAGUUUAUUUCCUUUUUCUUAUUUUGGCCCCAGUGAGAUGGUAGAAAAUAAACAGUAAGAAAAGAACCUGUGAUGAUAGAACCAGGAGACAGUCCAGCAAACAAAUUCACGACGCCGUUUACAGAAAACAUGAUCUUUAGUUCGUGUUUGUUUGUUGCUUAUCAACCGAAGUACUCGUAAUGGCCUGCAGCUCGGGAAGGAAUACGAUUUUCAUUAGAUAGCAACGUACAGCAUUUACAGAACUUUCUGGUGUUCGGUGAAAAUGUAAACUGAUCGUACAUACGAAGAUACUAGUCGAGCUUUGCUCAGCAUUCUGCAAAUUCUCACAGACGGGGAGUAAAAGAUGGCGUUUCCCAUGGAAACUGCAGUGUGCAUGGAUCAGCUCAGCGGAGCACAGAAUUAUGGGCUGAAUUUUGCACGGGUUUUUGUUUGUCUCGUUUAAAAUAAAUACAAGCACACGUACAUACUGGGCACAAGAAUGAGACAUGUUUGAUAGGCAUGGUCAAAAGGCAUGCUGCUGUUUUGUACAAAGAGGACAAUGUCUAACCCAAACGUUUCCCAGAUUGUGCCACAACACAGUUUUAUCAAAUAUCCCUCCCCACAUUUGAAACGUAAAAACUACACUGACAAAACACAACAUCCCCAUGACAACCACUUAUGGGGUGAACUUUUAUUUUUUACCCAUGUCCACAGUACAUUCCACCUAUUCAAUAAAUAGCCUUUGAUUUAUUUUUUGUUUUCAUCUUUAAAAGGGCAUGCUUUAAAAAAAUUACAAUACAGGAAAAUGUUUCUGGAUCUGGUGAAUGCCGAUCUCUGUUUAACAGAAUGACUGCUCGUAAAGUUGGGUCAAGUGAGUAUUUACAGGCCUAAAUAGUAAUCCUCUUUUGUACUGGAUAACAAACAGCACAAUACAGUUUUUCAAAAGAGACCCAGGCUUUUAACAAUGACUCAUUUCCAUCAUUGAAGGCUCCAAACUUCAACGUCUGGAAACAGUCACUGUUUUGAAGGACUAUUUCACCAGGGAAUUGUUUUACCUAUAUUCAUAAAAGAAAAUGUCUGCAAAUAAAAUUGUAUAAAAUAUAUUUAGUCAAAUCCCUUCAAAUAUUUGGGUGGACAACGUAAUUGCUGUCAGUUGUGAAUGAAUACAAAUAAAAGAUUCUGCAAUUUGAAAUUUGUUCUAAACUGGUUGAUGAUUUUGCUCUACGCUGAAUAAUACUUUUUUUUCUAUUGUGAGUCGGUGAAGUAGAUCUUAAUCUUGCUAUCUAUAUCAGUGCCAUACCCUAUUAUAAUUGCUUCUGAUAAAUGUACAGUAUUGUAGAAUGUUUAUCUGAAAGCUUGUGCUGAGACCAAAAAAAGCUAAAUGUGUCAAAUUCAGGUUUCCAUAGUAUAUACUAUACAUGUAUAUAUAUAUAUAUAUAUAUCCCUCUCCUCUAAGUAUUUACAUUUAUGUACAGAGGAAAUCGUAUGAACAAGAGUCCUGUGAAUCAUGUCCAAGACAGAACCAUACAUCAGCCCUGCAGCUUUGAGGCAACAAGAAGGGCUUCGAAACGGUCUACGCGGUCAGCGCACACACCAGAAACACGUUAACGUGCCGUCCAUCUGGAUCAGACAGGUCCGACGUAAGGCAGACAACCACCACACACAGCGGCUGCUGCAGGAAAACAUGGUUACCUCUAUGAACGAUCUUCAUAUUUUGACUUUAAAUUAAGGUUUCAGUGCACGUUACAUCCACUGAGAAUUUCACAGAAGCAUACGUUUUCGAAAUCAUGGCCAGUUCUCUGAAUCCUCUUUCAUGUUAACCUUUCAGGGAGUAUAAAGGUUGCGAUGUCACCGCGGUGACAUUCCCCGUCUCUGUAUCUGCGAACGUCAGUUAGUUGAUUUGGUCUUGCUUGGUGGUUAAUCAACGACAACGACCAAGUAUAAACUAUUCAAAAUAUAUCUGUAUAAAUACUCUCUGCAAAAUAAACACUUGUACACUUUCCUGAUCAAACGUUGUUCCCUAGAGUUUCCUAUUAACCGUCAACAGGAGAAGGAUUUCCACACUGCAUUGCCCUAGCAGAGUUGCCCCCCCAUCUUCCGUCUGUAAGCUGUACCAUGGGCCAGAGGGGCCCCUCCAGAGAACGGGGGCCGCUUCUUUAGACAAGCAUCGAAACUAAAGACAGGAGAGACGCCUCUGUCUGGCCGCUUCCAGGUCCAGUCAAGCCUCUGUAAAUUCAUGUCUCUUAUUAGUGACUGUGUUUUAUGUACUUCAUGCAGACAUGGUUCCAGUGUGACUUCCAAACGAGGCACCGAAUAUUUGGAUUCUUCUGCAGAUCAAAGCCCGGUUCUCCGCUUCCCGUAUACAGUUCAAUACAUUCUGUGUAUGUGAAGGGGUGGUUCAUCGCUAUGGCUCUACUGUAG